GUAUUCUCGACUCUCAUCAUUUGCUUGUUAUCCCGUUUGUAAGGUAUUGGCUGCACGCAACGAUGGACCAACAGCGAAAAGGAACAGUCUGAAAGUAGGCCCGAAGCGAUUGAAGGCUCAUGGCAUCCAGCUGAGCGAGCGAGCAUGCGAUGACCAAGCACUUCUUCUGUAUUGAGGCAUCUCACGGAGUAUUACGAGAUUAAUCGAGGCAAGCCUUUACGACAAUCGACAUAAACACAUCAGGUCGUCGCCAUGUACUACGACCUAAACAUCACAUGGCCUCUGUCCGCAAUGGACGCUUCUAAGAAGCGUAACACGUCGAAAGAGCACACAGAUGAGGCCAAGGCACUUGCCAGCUACGUCAACGCUUUGGCCGUCAUCGCCGGUGCUCCCGAUAUAGAUCCCGAGAAGGCCCAACAGCAGCGGCGGCCAGGAAAAGAGCAGAAGGGUAAAAACAGAACAAAUGGGCAGUCAAAUGACGGAGCAGGCCUAGGGUCAGGUAAUGCAGAUCCAAGGCAUUCUAAGCCGGCUUCGCGGCCGUCAUUGAAGCCCUUUGACCCCAUGACUGGUCUCGUCACCUACGACCGAGAGCGCAUGCUGGCCGUGACGACGGAUGCCGCCGAGCUUGGUUAUCAUUUUGUUGCGUACAAUCACAUCGUUCAUGGGCGGUUCGACAGUCAAGCGCACCAAAAUCCAUUCUACGAUUCGCGCACUAAGGAAACCCAUCCUCCCUUCCCUCUACUAGAUCCGCGCACCAGGGCUGCGGAGCAAAAGCGCCGGCGAAAGAAUGCAGCUGCAGCGCCUCAAAAUGCUGCCAACGCAGCUGAGAAGGGGACGGACAAGGCCACAGUUGCCGAUGACGCAAAGAAAGAGUGGGACGGUGUAGAUGUCACGCAGUACAGCCGUUGCACCAUCGUCUUGGAUGAGACAAGCUUUGGCAAGCAAGGCCAUGGCCUUACAUCAGCGUCGACGAACGCACUGUUGACAUACGAUCUGCUUGCGGUGUGCCCGCUGACCGAGGCGGCAUUCUCGGCGGCUUGCCUAUCGCUUUCAGAGCUAAAGCAGAACAGCGUCGACAUAAUCAGUUUUGACCUCGCCGCAUCCCCGCGUUUGCCUUUCAUGCUUAAACGCAGCGCGAUCGGCGCUGCCUUACAGAACGGAGCAGUGUUCGAAGUAUGCUACGGCGCUGCGGUCAGCACAGAAGACGUCUACGCCUCAUGGCGACGCACGCGUAAUGGCGGAGGCGGCAGCUGGGAGCAGGACGCAGAGUCUAGGUCGCGAGCGAGGCGCAAUCUGAUUGCCGGCACGCGCGAGCUGCUGCGCGUCACCAAUGGGAAAGGCGUCGUCUUUAGCAGCGGCGUAGCAGAUAUAUUGGGCCUCCGCGGACCCGUUGACAUUGUUAACUUAGCGACAGCUCUAUUCGGCAUGAACCAGGCGGCUGCGCAAGACGCACUCUCCAAGACGUGUCGUUCGCUGCUGAAGCGUGCAGAGACGCGCAAGACGUGGCGAGGCAUUGUCGGCCUACCGAAGCUGCGACUCGUCCAGCCACCGCCGUGCACGACUGGCGGUGGAAACCGAGGCCAGGCGCCUGACCCGCUGAAGGACAUGGGCGUCGACGAAUCUGGAGUUAACAGCUCCGCAGUGCAGGCAUCGGUUUCGUCAAAGAAAAAGAGGGGCCGAGAGGAAGAAGAAGAGGAGGAGAAGGCUAACCCGACCGAAUGGAGAGCCAGCAAGAAAGUGCUGAAUGUACCAAAGGAUGCGGUCAAUGGGUCAUGACACCUCGGCUCAGUAUUUGCUUUCCCACGGCCCGGUGCCUGCGCUAUGGCGGCUCGCGAGUGUGAAUAGCGUAGCGUAUGAGUUACAUUGCACCUCUGAUCCCAUUUUCCCUAGCGAGAGAGAGCGCUCGGAAAAAGACAGCCUGGCGUAGAUGAUGUGAGAGAGACGAGCCGGCACGAUUGAGAUGGAUGAGGUGAAUGGAUGGGAUAGCGAAGUGGUCAUUCGUGGCGCGGGCGCAUGUACAUAUAUAGUU